AAAUUUUUCGCAAGUUAAAGAUAGACUUCUUCGGGAGGAUCAUCUUUGAUUUGGGACUCACCUCGUACAGUGAACAACUACUAGUCCAGUACUGCUGGGCACAAAGAGAUCCUUUUGGUGUUGGUACAACUACCACCAGCGAAAUCUGGAGAGAGGAAUCUUCAACACCCAAGCUCGCAAAACUGAUCUUUGGUUGUUUAAAACAAUACUCGCAGAAGGAUAAUAACCGUGUUUUCUACAAGGACGACCGGAACCAGGAGGACUAAGAUGGAUACUUUCUAAUUGAAGUACCGAAAAAUGUAUCUACUAGCUUUUAAGAGCUUCGUCCGGUUGCUUGCCCAGAUGAUCGAUCGACGGGUUGAUCGAUAUAUUGGUUUUUGUUUUUUACAAAGAUUUGCAGUUUUCCCCCGCUGCGUCGCAACACACGUUGCAGCAACUACAGAUUAUCACCGAAGGAUCGAGGCAGUUCGCAAUGAUGCUAACGUCUUGCGAGAGCUUGACCCCGCCGCCGGUGCCAGUCUUCUCCCCCCCCGGAGCAGCACAAAACAGCGGAUCCAGGUCCCCCUCGAUGCCCGUCCCGGCCAGCUCCAGCGUCUCAAGGUUGGGCAGGGAGCGGAGCGACACGCUCGGUGGAAUCGUUCCGCUGAUGCCGGCGUUGUCGGUCAGAUCGAGCGUCCUCAGACUGGGAAGGACCCCGAGCUCGGACGGGACACUUCCGAACAGCGCGUUGCCUCCGAGUCUCAGAUCCUGUAGGCUUGGUCCAAGGGCACCGAGUUCCGAGGCCAGGGUCCCGUUGAGGUGGUUGUCCUCCAGAUCGAUCGCAACGAUCUUGUGCUCGUCGUUGCAGGUCAGCCCUUCCCAGUCGCAAAGGCUGACAUCCGUCAGGAAGGAGUUCUGGUGCCUCCAGUUCUUGCCCCCGGUGGAGAUAUAGAACAAAACCAUGAUGUAUUUCUGCAUGAUAUCGUGGCGGGAGGUGGUAGCAACAUCCACUGGGGAAGGAUCCAUGCGAGCCAUCCACAUAAACGCCUUGAACUGGUCGGUGUGUUUUUCUUCCAGCAGGGUUCGUUCCGAAACGGCAGACAGGAGCUCCUUCAGCGGUUCCUCUUGCGAAGGCGUACCCGCCGGUUGUGCCGCACUGCUUGUACUCGCAGUCGCGCCCGUGCUUGCAUCCUGCGCGCCGACAGACUUCCUAGUGGGAGUCGGAGAAGGGCGAUCGGUGUCGAUGGCAGAGAAUGGAUCGUGCAAAACACAAUUGAGACCGCUCGCAUCGCAGCAUCCCGUGCAGCAGCUGCACUUCACCUCGGGUGCCGAUCCCUUGCAGUCCGAUACGAGCUCUUCGAAGAUGCGGUGGCCGGAGCUACAAAACACGACAUCGAUGCUCCCCGCGAAAUCGUUCCCGUUUAAAAACGCCAUCUCCAGGGACUUCGCGCUUUCCAGUUCGAUCGGGACGGUUCCCGUAAGAUCGUUAUGGCCUGAGCAUCGAUCGAGACGAGAUUUCAAAGAAAAAUAGUAUGCGCGGUACAAGAAAAGUAACAUUAGAAUUUUCAACGGAUUGGUUCUAUCUUCUGUUGCAGAGUGGUUUUUCCAGACGAUGUCGUACAAGUACGAUACUUACUGAAAUCGAGGAACCAUAGCUUUGUAAGGAUUCCUAGUUCUGAUGGUAUGUUUCCAGAAAGAUUGUUGCCUCCGAGGCUAAGUUUUUUAAUACUGCCGCUAAGCACAGUCGGUAUUGUUCCUGUCAGGGCAGAAGAAGCUAACGAAAAAAUGUAGCAGGUGGUUGUGUAAGAAACAAAAAUAGCAUUG